AUGUCGCUGUGGCCGCUACUUUCCUUUGAAACCAAGGCUAUCCAUGUGGAUCAUAGACCAUGGACUAUUGAGCUAUUAAUCCAUCUUGCAUCCUCUGUCGGUUCUCGAUUCUUGUCACUCUCGGAAACCUCAAGUGUUGACUUUGGCAGCUCAAUGCUUCUCUCACCAAUAAUUUUUGCAGCAAUCCUGCUCUCAUAUUCUUCAAGUUAUGUCGCAUUUGCUUGGGGCGGUUUCGGCCACCAGACCAUCGCAUGGAUUGCACAAUCAUACCUCCUACCAGCGACGGAGACUGCAAUACGGGAUGCUUUAGACUCCCAGCUGGUCGACUAUAUGGCAAAUGCGUCGACCUGGGCAGACUCUUAUCGAUACACCGAAAGUGGUAAAUUCUCCAGGCCAUUUCAUUACAUUGACGCCAAUGACGACCCACCUACCACAUGCUCGGUGGACUAUGAGCGAGAUUGCGGUGACGACGGUUGCAGCGUCAGUGCAAUUGUCAAUUAUACAUCUAUCUUGAGCGACAGCGAUUCCAGCCCGCCACUUAGGAAGGACGCUGCCAGAUUUCUGAUCCAUUUCAUUGGCGAUCUUCACCAGCCACUACAUGACGAGGCACUGGAAGGAGGUGGCAAUGGCAUCAAUGUGACUUACGAUGGCGACGAGACAAACUUGCACCAUAUCUGGGACACCGAGAUCGUCGAGCAACUGGCAGCUGGAGCCAGCGCCGAGGCAUUUGCCAAGAAUCUUACCGUGUCUAUCAAAGCCGGCGAGUUUGACUGGGACAGUACGACCUGGGUCAAAGGCGCAAGCUUGAACAUGACUCUGGCGACAGUGAUGACCUGGGCCAGAGAAGCGAACGGAUACGUAUGCACGGAGGUGCUGAAAGGCGGUGUUGACGCGGUGGAAGAGGGAGAUCUGAGUGGGAAAUAUUACGGCGCACAUUUUGACGUUGCGCGCGUUCAGCUGGCACGCGCUGGGUUCAGGCUCGGUGCGUGGUUGAAUCUCAUUGUGACGGGGAAGAUGGGAUGA